AACAAAUGGCUAGUUUUCUGUGAUUCUUCUUCAAAAGCUUUCUUUGAGGGGGAAAAAGUCAAACAAACAAGCAGUUUUACCUGAAAUAAAGAACUAGUUUAAAGGUCAGAAGAAAGGAGCAAGUUUUGCGAGAGGCACGGAAAGAGAGUGCUGGCAGUACAAUGACAGUUUUCCUUUCCUUUGCUUUCCUCGCUGCCAUUCUGACUCACUUAGGGUGCAGCAACCAGCGCCGAAGUCCAGAAAACGGUGGGAGAAGAUAUAACCGGAUUCAACACGGGCAAUGUGCCUAUACUUUCAUUCUUCCAGAACACGACGGGAACUGUCGUGAGAGUACGACAGACCAGUACAACACAAACGCUCUGCAGAGAGAUGCUCCACACGUGGAACCGGAUUUCUCUUCCCAGAAACUUCAACAUCUGGAGCAUGUGAUGGAAAAUUAUACUCAGUGGCUGCAAAAAAUUGAGAAUUACAUUGUGGAAAAUAUGAAGUCGGAGAUGGCCCAGAUACAGCAGAAUGCAGUUCAGAACCACACGGCCACUAUGCUCGAGAUAGGAACCAGCCUCCUCUCUCAGACGGCAGAGCAGACCAGGAAGCUGACAGAUGUUGAGACCCAGGUACUAAAUCAAACUUCUCGACUUGAAAUACAACUGCUGGAGAAUUCAUUAUCAACAUACAAACUAGAGAAGCAACUUCUUCAACAGACAAAUGAAAUCCUAAAGAUUCAUGAGAAAAACAGUUUAUUAGAACAUAAAAUCUUAGAAAUGGAAGGAAAGCACAAGGAAGAGUUGGAUACCUUAAAGGAAGAGAAAGAGAAUCUUCGAGGCUUGGUUACUCGUCAAACAUAUAUAAUCCAGGAACUGGAGAAACAAUUGAGCAGAGCCACCACCAACAACAGUGUCCUUCAGAAGCAGCAGUUGGAGCUGAUGGACACAGUGCAUAACCUUGUCAACCUGUGCACUAAAGAAGGUGUUUUACUAAAGGGAGGAAAAAAAGAGGAAGAGAAACCAUUUAGAGACUGUGCAGAUGUAUAUCAAGCUGGUUUUAAUAAAAGUGGAAUCUACACUAUUUAUAUUAAUAAUAUGCCAGAACCCAAAAAGGUGUUUUGCAACAUGGAUCUUAAUGGAGGAGGUUGGACUGUAAUACAACAUCGUGAAGAUGGAAGUCUGGAUUUCCAAAGAGGUUGGAAAGAAUAUAAAAUGGGUUUUGGAAAUCCCUCUGGUGAAUAUUGGCUGGGGAAUGAAUUUAUUUUUGCUAUAACCAGUCAGAGGCAGUACACACUAAGAAUCGAGUUAAUGGACUGGGAAGGAAACCGAGCCUAUUCCCAGUACGACAGAUUCCACAUAGGAAAUGAAAAGCAAAACUACAGGUUGUAUUUAAAGGGUCACACUGGGACAGCAGGAAAACAGAGCAGCCUGAUCUUACACGGUGCUGAUUUCAGCACUAAAGAUGCUGAUAAUGACAACUGUAUGUGCAAAUGUGCCCUCAUGCUAACGGGAGGCUGGUGGUUUGAUGCUUGUGGCCCAUCCAAUCUGAAUGGAAUGUUUUAUACAGCGGGACAAAACCAUGGAAAACUGAAUGGCAUAAAGUGGCAUUACUUCAAAGGGCCCAGUUACUCCUUGCGUUCCACAUCCAUGAUGAUUCGACCUUUAGACUUUUGAAGGCACAAUGUCAGAAGCAAUUAUAAAAGCAACAAAGAAAUCUGGAGAAGCUACCAGAUGAGAAACUGCUUGAAAACUUCUGAAGCAAACAAUAUUGUUUCCCUUCCAGCAACAAGUGGCAGUUAUGUGAAGUCAUCAAGGUUCUUGACUGUGGAUUGGGAGCCUUUUGCGUUCACAAAAGUCUCUGCUUGGGGUUACCAUGUUCAUAUGGCUUAACUAUAGAGAAAGCCACUCAUUGUCAUGCUGUAAAAAGGGAAGAAAUUGCUCAGCUCGCUGUGCUUCAAACUACUACUGGAUCUUAUUUUGGAACUAUGGUAGCCAGAUGAUAAAUAUGGUUUGUUUAAUGUAAAACAGAAGAAAAAGAAGAAAAUGAACAAUAACAACAAAAAAGAAUAUACAUAAAGAAUAGCAACAGACCUGCCAUAAUCCUUUGGAAAGGAUGUAUUAUACCAGUGAAAUGGUGUUACUUCUAUGCAAACCUACUAACAGUAAGUUUAUACUAUUGCACAAUUUUAAUAAAAGUUCAGGAAGAACAGCAUUGCCCUCUGAAUUGGUUAAAUGUUAAUGGAUUUCGGAAGCCUAAUUCCUAAAUCAUACUUACUAGUUGAUUUCAGUUAACUCAUCUUCAAAUGUAAAUUUCAUUUUGGAAACCAUAAAGAAUUUUAGUGCAUGAAGAACAACGUGUGAGGUAGAAACAUGCUCCAUUACUCUUUGAUUUUUUGCUACAGUUUUCAGAAAAAAAUGGACAUAAUCAAGUAUGGACAUACGAGGUGAAAAAUUAUCCCCCAUGCUACAGUUUUCAUUUACUUUAAAAACUGACUGACUGAGAUAUAAAUAUAUUUAUAGCCUGAGUAAAGUUUAAAGAAUGUGAAAUAUAUCAUCAAGCUCUUAAAAUAAUAUACAUGCAUUUAAUAUUUUCUUUGAUAUUAUACAUGAAAGCAGUGUUUUAGAGUGUAUUAAGUUGAAGUAAAACCAAGUAAAC